AUGAGUGUUUCUAUGAAAUGUAUAGGUGAUCCAAGACAACUAUUACACCCAACUGAUAGUGAAGGUAAUAUUUGUGGUGCAGGAGAGUAUACCAAUCGACCAUAUGCUUAUUUCUUUGAUUGGACGAAAUGUAUAAAAUCACUUAAUGUGCCAGCUAAUAUUUUACAAGGUCGUCCAUUUGUUUGUCCUACCAAACAAGUUUGUGUUGAAAAAUGUCCAAACAAAACAUCUUAUUAUAAAUUUGGAGAUUAUAAUAUGAAUAGAAUUUGUACAUAUGAUGUAACUGAAAGUGACAAUAAUAAUGAAGAAUUAGUUAGAGAUGGAAAAUGUGCAUCAUAUAUAAUAGCUAGUAAACCAUUGUUUGGUCGAUGUGUUCCACAACAAAUAGAAAGUUUAGCUAAUUCUAUAAUUCAGGCACCAGAUGGUAAUGAAGCCAAUGCUACUGUAUAUGAUUCAAAUGGACAACCAUUAAAUGGAUCGAAACUCGAACAGGGUGUUAAAUAUCUUGUUGAAUUACUUAAUUUAAAACAAAUAGCCGUCAUGCUUGUUGAAGACUUAGCAACAUCGUGGAAAUAUAUAUUGUUGGCUUUCGGUUUAUCUGUAGUCGUAUCGUUUUUAUGGAUUGUAUUAAUGCGUUGGUUAGCAAAACCACUUGUUUGGUUUGGUAUAAUAGGAUUUAUUGUUCUAUUAGGUGUUAUAACUGGUUUAGCAUUUUUUGAAUUUAUUCAACUUCGUGCAAACAAUGAUAAUCAAAUAAUAAAAGAGUUUAAAUUUGUUGCUGAUGCUAAUUAUUAUCGAAGUUUACCAAUAACAUGGUUAAUUAUUGGAAUUUUAUCCGGUAUUCUUUUACUCAUAGCAGCUCUUAUUGUUCUUGUUUUAUUUAAACGUCUUCAAAUAGCAUUAACUAUUCUUCAAGAAGCAUCAAAAGCUGUUGCAUAUAACUUUUUUAGUCUUUUCUGGCCAUUUAUACCAUUAAUAUUACAUAUUGGAAUAUUUGCUUAUUGGGUAGCUAUCACUAUGUAUUUAGCAACGGCAGGAAAACCAAUUUAUCGAAUAGCAGGUAAUCAAUCAGAUGUAGAUCCAGCAGAUCUAACAAUUGGUCAAAUAUGUAAUCCACAAAAAUGGAAUAAUAGUGCUGGAAUGAAUGUUGAAUGUAUUUUUUCGGAGUAUGGAUAUGAUCCACAAGUUGAUUUGGAUAGUGUUCUUAAUGGUACUGGUAAACAUUUUAAAUCUUUUAUUAGUUUUGUCAAUAAAAAUCAAUGGCUUCCACAAGUAUUCUCUGCUUUCAUGUUUUUUUGGUUAACAGCUUUCAUAAUUGGCUUAAGUGAAUUAGUUCUUGCUGGUGUCUAUGUACGUUAUUAUUGGGAUAAACAACGAUUUGGUGUUCCAUGUUUAUCAUUAGGUCAAUCUUUAUUUCGUGCAAUUGUAUUUCAUCUCGGUACAAUUGCAUUUGGUUCAUUAAUAAUAGCCAUUGUUAAAUUAAUCCGUGCAUUAUUAGAAUACGUUGAAAAUAAAGUUAAAGAUAAAACAGGAAAAUUUGCUCGUUGUCUAUUUUGUUGUUGUCGUUGUUGUUUAUUUUGCUUGGAAAAAUUCUUAAAAUUUCUUAAUCGAAAUGCUUAUAUUAUAACAGCAAUAUAUGGAUCAGGUUUUUUUACAUCAGCACGUCGAGCAUUUAAAAUAAUUAUUUCAAACCCAAUUCGUUUACUUGUUAUUGAUAAAGUAUGUGAUUUUCUUAUAUUUCUUGGUAAAUUAUGUAUAACAGCUGGUAUUGGUAUUCUUGCUUUCUUCUUUUUUACUCAUCGAAUAGCACAAGCUGAAAACUAUGUACCUGAAUUAAAUUAUUAUCUUAUACCAUUAUUGUUAAUUAUUAUUGGUACUUAUGUUAUUGCAAAAUGUUUUUUUUCAGUUUAUUCAAUGGCGGUUGAUACCAUAAUGCUUUGUGCAUUAGAAGAUCUAAGAAUGAAAAAAAAGAAUAAAAGUCAUCGGUUGAUGAUGUCCGACAACUUGCAAGACGUAUUUCGAGUUAAAAAAAAUCACUAA